AGGAAAUCUCUCCGAGAACGCUGGCUCAUGGAUGGAGCAGCUGGAGGGCCAGAGCGGCCGGAGGACCCCGCCUCCAAGGACCCACAGUCGCCCGAGGGACAGGCCCAGGCUCGAAUUCGCAACCUGGAAGACAGCUUGUUUUCACUCCAGUCUCAGCUACAGCUGUUGCAAAGUGCGUCCACAGGUGCCCAACACAGACCUGCUGGCAGGCCCGCCUGGCGCAGAGAGGGUCCCCGUCCUCUCUCUCAGCCUGCUAUGGAGACAGGUCCUACAGGCCCCACAGAUGUGGACAAGCGAACUUCCCUACCAGAUGCUCCAGUGGGCAUGUCCCCAGAGUCUCCUUCUGAUCCCAGGGAGGAGUCCAUUGGGGUUCCACCAGCCUUGAGGCCAUCCCCUGAGGCUAUAGAGACAUCUUCAGAAGCCAAUGGCCCCUGUUCUGGGCUCAGCCCCCUCCCAGAGCAGCUGAGGCUAGGGGUGUCGAGUGUCGCAAAGGCCAAAGGAGAUGGUGCGGUGGAGGUGGUUUGGGCUGGGCUUCGAGCCACCGAGAACAGUGUCACAGGCCCCACAGGUGUGGAGCUGGAGGCUAAAGUGGAAGAAGUGGUUCUGGAGGCCAUUGGGACCAGGCAGAGCAGCAGUAGCAGCCCUGAGCUCCCCACUUGGGUGAAGGAGGGCAGGGAUGUGGUGGAAGUGGUCUGGGAGGGUCUGGGAGGCAGGGACCUUGAUGUCACAGGGGAAUUAGGCAGGGGUGCAGAGGCCACUCACACCAGUUCCCCGAGACUCCAGGAGCAAUUUGAGGCUGAAACUUGCAGAAAAGGGGGAGGUACUUCCAGAGAUAGUCUUGAGGGUGUUGGUCAGGGAGGUCCUGGAGUAGAGGAGGGGUCCUUCAUUUGGGUGGAAAGAGUGGCCCUCAGCGAAGACUGGGAGGAGAUCUUGAUGGAGGGGUUGGAAGCAGCCCCGGGGGCGGGGUCUGCAGGGGGGCCUGAGGCUUCGAUGGGAGCCCAGCCCGGAGGAGCUGAAGCAUCCUGGGAGGUGGAGACGAGAGAAGUGGUGCAGGUGGAGGGCAUAGAAGAGAAUGGAAGGACCGAAAAGCUCGGGGGAGAGAGGGAGGACGGGCCAGCUGUGCUGCCAGACAUGACCCAGGGAAGAGAAGAAAGCGAGGUAGAGAGGGCAGAGAGAAAGGCCGGUGAAGGCCCCUUUCCAACAGAGACAGAAACCGAGGAGGAAAAGUGGGAGGUGAAAGCGAAGAAAGAUGAAGAGCCGUUGGAAGUAGAAAAGGGAGGUGAGGAGGAGACUGGUACCACUGAGAAGCCUUUGGUGGCAGAAGAAAAGCCAGACGACUCAGUGGAGGCAGAGAGAAAAGGAAGUGAGAUGCCAUCGGACCAGGAGAAAGAUGCUGAGGGCUCCUUGGACAGAGAGUCGAAAACAGCUGAGAAACUAUUGGAUGAGGAGACAGGAGGUGAGGGCUCAUUGGAUGAAGAAACUGGAGGAAGUAAGAAGCCAUUGGACAGGGAGGCAAGUGACGGCGAGCCGUUCUCCGAGGUGGACAAGCCCUCAGGCGCCAAGGAUGCUGUAAGGCCAGAAGAGCAAGGCACAUCUGACGGGGGAGCCGAGUGUCAGGCUGAGGAUGCCAGCCCGCCAGGAGCCACUGUUUGUGCCCAGGAGGAGCCCAGACCAGAGGAGCCAGGACCACAAGACCCAGAGACGCAAGUAGGAGAGGCAGCCAGCGAGCCUCCGCCCUGUACUCAGAGUGAGGGCCCCCCGGGGGAUGCCACCCCGCUCCUAGCUGAGACCCCAGCCCCGGAGCAGCCUGUGGAAAGGCAGCCUCUGCUCCAUCAGGAAGUGUCCAGCACCAACCGCGAUGACCACCCUGCACCUACCUACGCGCCUGCCCAGCAGCUUGAGCUGGCAGAGGCCAGAGAAGCCAGUGGCCCCAAGCAAAAGACGUGCCAGUGUUGUGUGGUCAUGUGAGCCGCCGCCUGCCACCCAGCACCCUCCUCCUCCUCCUCCUCUCACAGCUACCUCGCUGCCUGGCAUCCAGCAGAAGGGCCCAGGCAUAGACAGGGCACCACAGGACUGGCAGUGGCGUCCAGGAGCCAGCAGGCCCCUGUGCGUACUCAAACCUGGGCUUUUAGAUUCCCUGCCCACUGCCUGUGGCCCUGACCCCCUUCUGCAAUGAAACCUUUAUACUUGAAAAUUAAAUGUUAAGGCACUCUUGCUUUAA